UCAAUGGCUGAAAGACAUUUAAGGAAUUGCUCAACAUCCUUAGUCAUCAGGGAAAUGCAAAUCAAAACGACUCUGAGAUAACAUCUUACACCUGUCAGAAUGGCUAAGAUCAAAAACACUAAUGACAGUUUAUGUUGGAGAGGAUGUGGAGCAAGGGGAACACUCCUCCACUGUUGGUGGGAGUGCAAACAUGUUCAGCCACUUUGGAAAUCAGUAUGGUGACUUCUCAGAAAAUUGGGAAUCAAUCUACCUCAAGACCCAAUGAUACCACUCUUGGGCAUAUACCCAAGGGAUGCUCAAUCAUACCACAAGGACACUUGCUCAACUAUGUCAUGUCUCUUUUUAAAAUGAAAAUUUAUUUAUUACAAAUUAUGUGUAUGUGUGGGUGAGUGCUAGUAUUCAUAGAGGCCAAAGGUGUUGGAUCCCCUGGAGCUGGAGUUACAGGCAGUUGUGAGCAACCCACCAUGCAUCUUAGGAACCUUCCUUGGAUUGUCUGGAAGAGCAGCAAGUAUUCUUAACCACUGAGCCAUCUCUCCAGCCCUUAUCCUACUGUUGCUACCUGUAACCAGUAUAGAUCCUCUGUGCAUUAGCUGACCAGAGCUUUUUGCUACUAUUUAACUCUUAACUCAGCAUCCACUGUUCACCGUGUCUCCCCUCUUCUGUCUCUACUCUCAGCUUCUCUGAGAUCAACAUUUUAGCUUCCAUGAAUGAGUGGGAUGGUGCUGUACUCAUCUUUCUGUACCUAGCUCAUUUUACUUAAUAUAAUAAUCUCCAGUUCUGUCCAUAUUGCUGCAAAAGGCAGACCUCACUCUUUUCUGUGGUUGAAGAGUUCCCCGCUGCCUAUCCAUUCAUCCUUCCAUGGAGUGGGUUUAUUUAAUUUUUCUCGGCUGUCAAGAAUAGGGCUGUCAAGAAUGUGGAGUGCACCUGUCAUUUUUGCAUACUGGUGUAAUUUCCUUCGAGUAUAUAGUCAGUGGUGGGAAAGCUUCAUAUGGUAGUUUUAUUUCCAGUUGUUUGAGGGAUCUCAGCACUCCAUCAUGGCCGCUCAGGAGCUCGCUCUAGACUUGUAAAGUCUAAGUCCUCCUUCCUGACAAGUGAGAGGAGAUUCAGCUGGCGCUGUUGCCUAGCUAGCACAAUUCACGUUUUCGUGUGGUGCCCCCUCAUGUUUACACAUAAAAUAACUUGUUUACCAGAGGGCGUGCCCCUAAGGAGGCAUGCUGGGAAGGACUUGGGGCUGGACUUUCUCAGUAGCUCCGGGCCUAGAGCACCUAAGUGUCCCUCACCAUCUGCUGAAUUAAAGUGAGCACUGCUUUUUGCACAGAGCCGGGUGGCCCUGCCUGGCAGCUCUUUUCUUACCCAAAGCUUCCAGGAACACCAGACCUUUAAGUCAAUAAGAAGGAAGAGUGGGACAAAUUCAGCCUGGCCCAGUACCUCACUCAAGUGACAGGUGUAAGCAUCCAGGACCUUACAGUGAUGGGGGACAGGGAAGAGAUGAGGAAGGAUUUGGCCUGGAUUUCUGGAUAGGAGUCUCCGUAGUCAAUGCCAGAAUCAGGACACUUUCAAUACCAAGAUCACAACGUUCCUAAAAGCAGGGGAGCCGGUGUGGCUGCUCCGAAGGUCUCAAUAACCAGAGAACUUUAUCUGAAUCCCCCAGUGCCUCCAACUGGCUGGGAUCCCAGCACUGACAGUCUAUGUCAUCCCCUUGGGCUCCUGAUGUCCCCAACCUGGCCCAGCUGCCACCCUCCUGCAGGCCACCCCCCCUUAUCUCCAUGCCUGCCCUUAUCCCCUGUUACCAGUGCCCUUAUCGUCUAGGCUCAGUACAGCUGGUCGUGCCCCUUAGGAAGACUUUUUUUUCCUCUGUUGCAACUUCCCUAAAGGUAAGAGCUGGUUAUUUUCCAACGGCAGUAACGGGACUCAACAGAAGCUGGUGAGUUUGUCUAUUCUUCGGUUUCUAGGCCCCCCCUCUCUCCUAUCACCCCUGGGAGACAGGCAGGCUCAUUUGGAUUGUGCCCUGUCUGGAAUUUUCAGGGAACCAAACCAAUUCCCUCAGAGUCAUCAGAAGCCGUCCUGGAAAGCAGGCAGCAGUCUCAGAAAUAGGUGAGUGUUUUCUCCUUUAACGGCACUUUUCAGUGUUUUAGUUUGAAUCUCUCCCCACACUCAAUGGGCAGGAAGACUCCUAGGCUGUCCUAGUAGGCAAGAACCAAAACACACAAAAGCCCUUGCCGACACGACAUACUACAUGUGAAGGGCAGUCUAAGGCUGUACCAGGAAGGACCUCUUAGGGCUGGCUGUUCUGCUCCCCAAACUUAUUCUCUAAACAGAUUAUACUAACUACCCUAAAUGACUGAGUUUUGAGGGGUGACCCUCCCUGCCAAGGAGGAAGCUGUGUCCUCUAACCCCAGCUGGAGAAGUUCUUUCAAGGCAAUGGGACAGUGGAGGGUGUUACAGGAUCCUGAUGACUGGAGAAUUGCUUAUUGGAGCUGGCUUUUCUCCAUGUGCCUGCAAAGGGCAGGAGCUUGGCUAAAAACCAACCCAAGAGUGGGCGGUCAAGUGCAGCUCGCUCACACAGGGCCAUCUGCAGACUUCUGAGGAUGGAGUCUGUGGGAAACAACACGGUAUCUGGGACUAAGAACUCAUGUGGUGUGUGAAUGAGCAGCUUUCUCUCUUAAGCUACUUUUCCUUUCUCCUUUUAGACUACUAGCCUCUCUUUCACCAUGUCUGAGGUGUGUCUAAUCCUAUAUGUCCCCAUAGGGAUGGCAAGGCCACACCGUGGAGAUGCUACUCUGCCAAGCUUCUUGGUCACCUUCAUUUUCCUGCAGCUCCUGCCUGCUGGAAACGGAAAAUCAGACUUCUGUGUCCUUGGACCUCCUGACCCACUUCUGGCCCUAGUUGGGCAAGACAAAGAGUUGCCUUGCAAACUGUCACCCAACAUCAGUGCAGAGGGCAUGGAGCUGAGGUGGUACAGGGACCAGCCCUCACCGGCUGUGCAUGUGCACAAGGAUGGGGAGGACGUGUAUGAAGAGCAGAUGGAGGACUACAGGGGGAGGACCACGUUCGUCGGCAACCACAUGGUCAGAGGAGAGGUCGCUGUGAGGAUACGCAAUGUCACCAUGUCCGAUAACGGGACUUAUCACUGCGUCUUCAAGGAGCACACAUCCCACAGCCAGGCCACCCUGUGGUUGAAGGUGGCAGGGCUGGGCUCAUCACCCAGAAUCCGUGUGACUGGCACCCAGGACAAAAGCAUACGGGCAGAGUGCACCUCUGCAGGCUGGUUCCCAGAGCCUAAGGUGGAGUGGCUGGACCUCAGAGGACAGCCAGUGCCGGCUGAGACUCACUUCUCAGCCUCAGCCAGCACUGGCCUCUUGGCCGUGGUGUCCAUUGUGACUCCCCAGGACAGGGCUGUGGAGGGCCUGACUUGCUCCAUCUCCAACCCCCUCCUCCCUGAGAAGAAGGUGGCUGAGACUUACCUGCCUGCUGCCCUGUUCAGAAGGCCUCCGUCCACGGAGAGGGGACCAGCUCUGCCUCUGAUCCUCACGGCGCUGGGGCUUGUCACAGCAGCAAUUGCCUGUGCCUUUGGGAGGUCACACAAAGAGGAUAAAAGUGAGGAAGAAGAAGCGGAUCCAGGAGCCGGUGCUGAGGCUGAGCCCUCCCACGCCAGCCUGUCCCUGGACCCUGAAACUGGGAGCCCCAAACUCAUGGUGUCUGAAGACCGGAAAAGUGUGAAGCGGUUGUUAUUUGACCAGGACUUGUCUCCCAAUUCCAAAAGAUUUGACCAAGACCCUUGCAUCCUGGCCCAAGAGCGGUUUGAUACAGGGAGACAUUACUGGGAAGUAGAGGUCGGGGACAGGCGGGCCUGGAUUCUGGGUGUGUGUCUGGAAAGUUUGGGACGGGAAGGAAGGAUCCCUAAGUCACCUCAGCAUGGCCUCUGGGCACUGGAGUUUUACAAGAAGAAACUCCAGGCCCUCUCCUACCCCAGGACUCACCUGUCUCCUCCGCAACCCCUCUGGCGUGUGGGUAUCUUCUUAGACUUUGAGGCAGGAGAAAUCUCCUUUCACAAUGCAGCGGACGGCUCCCAGGUCUAUGUGUUCUCUGGGCUGUCUUUUUCUGGCCCCUUACUGCCAUUCUUCUGCCUCUGGACCCAUGACCCCAGGCCCCUAACCAUCUGCUCAGUGGUCAGAGAGGCAGAAGAAGACACAGAAUCCUCUGGAGGUCCUUGAUCUCCCUGGGGAUUCCCGAGACAUCCUUAGGAAAGAGAGGCUCCUGCCUUCUUGUCCACCCUGGCUCCUGGUACUAUUUAUUGCAUUCCUGUGUGGAAAUAUGGCAAGACAAAAGGGGCUAGAUAUGCUGCUGCCUCUGCCAAAUUUCUGUGCUGAAUGCUGACACCACACCCACCCCAGGAUUUCUGAAGGUGUUGCAAUUUGGAAAUGAGGCAUUGAAAGAGGGUAAGGUUAAAGAAAGACACUGAUGUACUUUAACCCCAUAAACCUGGUGUUCUUAAAAGAGGGGGAGAUCAGGACACAUACAUACCCUGUGGGGACUCAGAGAGGUGCCACUCACUAGCUAAGGAGACCAGCAACGUCUCCGAUGUCUAGCUUCUGGGACUUAGAAAGUGGUUCCUGCCGAGAACUCUCCUGUGCUGAGGUACUUUGUCAUGGCUGGCCUCCCUCAGUGAGGAAGACUAUACAAUAAGCACAACAGGGCUGUGUUUCUGCUGUGUUCUUAGAGGCAUGUGUGGAAUGCCCAGCUCAGUGGUGGGUUGUGCUCUGGCUGCGCAAUAACUGGGUCUUACCCUCCUCCUCCUCGCCCUUCCUCCAUCUUGUUCAUCUUUCUUUUUCCUUCCUCCCUGCCUUCCUCUCCCUCCUCCCCACCUUCUCCCUUCUCUUUCUUCCUGUUAAAUGAUUUUUAUUUUUAAUGAUGUGUGUGUGUGUGUGUGUGUGUGUGUGUGUGUGUGUGUGUGCGCGCGUGCGCGCUGUGGGAUGGUCUGUAUGGCAAAUGUGUUGCUGAUUAGUCAAUAAAUAAAUCACUGAUUGGCCAGUGGCCAGGCAGGAAGUGUAGGCGGGACAAGGAGGAGAAUAAAGCUGGGAAGUGGAAGGCUGAGUCAGAGAGACACUGCCAGCCGCCACGAUGAUAAACAGCAUGUGAAGAUGCCGGUAAGCCACGAGCCAUGUGGCAAGGUAUAGAUUUAUAGAAAUGGAUUAAUUCAAGCUAUAAGAACAGUUAGCAAGAAGCCUGCCACGGCCAUACAGUUUGUAAGCAAUAUAAGUCUCUGUGUUUACUUGGUCGGGUCUGAGCUGCUGUGGGACUGGCGGGUGACAGAGAUUUGUCCUGACUGUGGGCCAGGCAGGAAAACUCUAGCUACGUGUGUGUGUGUGUGUGUGUGUGUGUGUGUGUGUGUGUGUGUGUGUGUGUGUGUUUACCCUGGAACUGUAGUUAUAGCGGUUGGGAGCUGACAGAUGAGGAACAAAACUCAGGUUUUCUGCAAGAGCAGUGAGGGUUCUUGGUCCUAGAACCAUCUCUCCAGCCCUUCCCCCUUCUCUCUCUUUUCUCACUCCUCCAGUCUAUUUCUACCUUAAAUCUCUCUCUCUCUCUUUCUUUCUUUCUCUCUCUCUCUCUCUCUCUCUCUCUCUCUCUCUCUC